UUCUUCAGCGGCAAUGUGGAGUUAUUUUGAUUCUUUGUUACUGGGCUGCAAAAUGUGAAUUUUAGCUUACAUUGUAAUUGCGAAAUUUGCGCACAUUUGUCGACAAAAGGUUUGGAUAGGUCUGACGUGCGUGUUUAUACCGCGUAAGCUAAUGGUGGAGUUCACCGGAAGUGCUUAUUCGCGUUAUUUUUCAUUUCUUACUACCCUUCACAGUUAGUCAACACAGCGAGUUUCAUGUACAUGAAGCUGCGAAAAAGUUGGGGUGCAUACAACACUAACGAAUUCGUCUUCGCAACCUAAUUAAAUAGUCUGUAUCUCUUCUUAUGCACAGAUGCCAGGUUUUGAGCUGGAGCAGGUGGACGGUGGCAGUCCUAUAGAGCUGCCCUAUGGAGAAACUGUCCUGGGGAGAGGACCAUUUCUAGGGGUGAACGAUAAGAGAGUGUCCAGGAACCACGGCAUCCUGGAGAACCAAAAUGGUCAACUGCGUCUGAAGCCUACACACCUGAACCCAUGUUUUAUUCAGACGACCAUUGUGGCCGGCCCUCAGCCGCUGGAGAAGGACCAGUGGCACUGCCUAAAGGAGGGAGACAUCUUCUCUCUCAUGCCUGGGAAAUACGUUUACAGAGUGCGCAUCAAAGAAGAGGAUCAAACCCUCAGAAACAGUCAGGCAUUUGAGGAGGAGGUGGAGAAGUGUUUGACUGGACCGGCUGGGCUCUCUGAAGACAGCGCCACACUCGAAGCCAACAGCUGCGUGCCCUCGAGCCCCAGCUCUACGCUCACAGGAGAUAAAGGAGCGGGUGCUUCAUCACACACACUUUGCUCUCUAACCCAGGUGCCCACAAAGAGCCAACACGACGAGUCUGAUCUGCCACAGAAGAAGCGUAUCUUGCCAGCCUGGAUGAUGACUUCAGCUACCACAAGCCCAUCAGCUGCCAAAGUGAGGGGGACUCCAACAAAACCCAAACGAGUAGCUACACCAAAGCGGGCAACUGGACCCAAACGAGCUCGAGCCGCUCAGCUAUCAUCUGAGGAAGAGGAGCCGGAGGAAGAGAUGCCCAAAAGGAAAACAAAGAGACUGAAGAGUGACUCUGAAGAUGAUUCGGUGCCUCUGGUAUCUCUGGAUGAUGCAGCAGCUCCCAAGAGUAGUGGAGUCCCAGACGGAGAGAACAGCACCGGUUUGAUGGAGCGUGCUGAUGGGGAGACAAGAGGAGCUGGCAGAGGAACUGAGGUCAGACGAGGAGCUCAAGCUGAAGACUCAAAAACACAAGCAAAAGAUCCCAGUGAUUCUCAGGUCAGCCAGGGACCCUCGCAGAGCUCAAAGAUCAUGGAGGCUGAGAGCAAAACAAGCACCAGUAAUGUGAAAAAACAGCGCCGGACGCCGUGUGCUUACGGCAGCUCCUGCUACAGGAAAAAUCCGCUCCACUUUCAGGAGUGCAGUCACCCCGGAGACAGCGACUAUAAGGACGAGGAGGCAGAGGAUGCUGAUGAUGAUGACAGGCCGGAGUGUCCAUACGGAACCCACUGCUACAGGAAGAAUCUGCUUCACAAGAUGGACUACAAACACACUAAAUCACCAUCCAAGACCGCUGCUGAUGAAGCUGAUGAAGAGGAUGAAGAUCACUACGAAAACAGUUUUAUUAAUGACGAGAGUGAGGAGGAAGAGGUGGAUGAAGACUCGGACUAUGUGCCUGAAUCGGACGACAGUGGAAAAGGAGAGGACAUUAAACGGCUGAAGAAAGAGGCAAAAGCGUUCCUCGGGAGGAAGAAGUGACUCUUUUGGGGUAGAUUACAUGAAAACUGCUUCUUCACACUAAUCUCACAAAGACUAUGAAACAUCAGACACUGGGUUUGACAGAAUCCCUGUCCAUGGAGGCAUUUUAUUCAGUUUUAGAUCACCUUCAUUACCUUUUGCCUUCACACUUUAAGGAAUGGCUCACCCAGAAAGGAACUUUACGAAUUUUACUUUUGAUUUUUUUUUUUUUUUUUUUUUUUGCUGCUGGUUUUGACAAAUUUUAUUCAGUUUUAGAUUAUCCUCAUUACCUUUUGCUUUCACAUUUUAAGGAUUAAUUUUAAAUGAUGGGCUGUUCAUUAUUAAAUUGAGGUGUAAUGAGCUUGACAUUAAAUGAUCAGCAUCUACUUUAAUUUUUGGAUGAAGUAUCCCUAUAACUCUCCCUGAAUUUUAUUUUCUUCGCUAACUGAUGUUUGUUGAUUAUUAAUUUUUUUUUUUUUUCUUUUUUUAAACACUUGCUCUUAUCCCAGCCUGUCUUAUCGUGUCUGUGAGUGUUUGUAUAAAGGCUGCUACUUUGUAAGUCUCUUUUUUUUUUUUUUGGUUGAUUGUAUGAAUUCAGUUAAUUAGUUACGUGGGCUUUUAUUUUCACUAACUGGUUUAUUUCUACUUCCGGUUCUUGAGUGAACUGAGGUUUAGAGUAAUAGGAAAAAUAAACAGAAGAACCAGUAACAACAGUUAGUUCAGUAACACAAUUUUAAAAUGCUUUUUAAUUGCUUCAAUUACACCUUUACACAUAUAUUAGACUUUAAUUGCUAAAAUCACACACACACACACACACACACACAUAUAUAUAAGUCAACACCUCAAACUCGUUGUUGUGCUCCUCAAACCAUUCCUGGACCAUUUUUGCUUUGUGACAGGGCACAUUAUCCUGCUGAAAGAGGCCACAGCCACCAGGGAAUAUCGUUUAAAUUAAAGGGUGUACAUGGUCUGCAACAAUGCUUAGGUAGGUGGUACGUGUCAAAGUAACAUCCACAUGGAUGGCAGGACCCAAGGUUUCCCAGAAGAACAUUGCCCAAAGCAUCACACUGCCUCCACUGGUUUGCCUUCUUCCCAUAGCGCAUCCUGGUGCCAAGAAAGUAUCUUAGAAGGCAGCCUACCUUUUAGGACAGCAUUCACAUCAGAAGAACAUGUUUGAUACCUUAAAAUGCUGUCUAGAUGGGCAACUUACCUUUUUUUUGUCAACACAGCCUCUAAAAACAAAGACAUAACCAUGAAUUACUUCUGUAUUUCUUUUCUAAUUCUAGCCAAAACCCUGUGGGCUGCAGUUUUUAUAAACUGUUGUUUCAGAGAUUAAGUUAUUUUUUUGUAACUGGGCAAGGACAAAUGACGAAAGGGAGAAGAGAACAAACAAGUCUUAAACAGGAAAUCCAUGAAUUUUGAGAUAUGGCUCUUUCCAAGUCAUUGUGAUUUGAGUCCGAAACCGUUCACAAACAGUUUGGAAAACAAAUAAACCAGCUUCUGAGCAUUCAGAAGAGGAACUGUUCAUCUAAGAAGAUUAUGAAUGCUUAGUCAAGCUUUAUAUAUCAUACAAAGCAUUAAGAUGUUUUUGUUUGUUUUUUUGUGCUGUGGAAUAUUUUGGACUUUUGUCUGUUUUAUAGAUCAUUGUUGCAUUUGGCUGUUGAUGGCUAUUUUGUCAGAUAAAGCAAGAAUCAAGCUUGUG